UUGUGGUAAUACUAAACUUUGCAGCAAAAAAUUAUAAUUUUGGGAUUUUAUAAAUUAUUGUAAAUCUGUUCUGUGAAUAUUGAGAAAAUCUGGAACACGGGAUUCACGUUAUGUUGUAUUUCAAAGGAACAUUCGAUAAUGCGGUGUUGUCUGUCUUUCUGUGAGAAUUCUAGUGAGAAACUUCUCUCGAAACCUAACUCUAAAUCUUUGGAUGUUACCUUUCAUGGAUUCCCUACAACACAGUGGCUUAGGCACUCUUGGCUGGUGUCGUUAGGAAUGGAAGAAAUCCACUUGCCAGGUGCACCAGUGAUAUGCUCACAACAUUUUCGAAACGAUGAUUUUCAAACUGGGACAUGUAUACUCAAAAGUAAUGCGGUUCCAACAGCUACACAGGUCUGCGUGACUUGCCUGGACACCACAAGUAAACUGUAUCCAAUAUCCAAGUAUCACUUAGCAGAAGCUUAUAACAAUGUGACUGGACUUUCGUUUCACAACAUGUUGAGGUUUUCACCAAUGAUCUGUAUGGAAUGUUCAAAGAGAUUGGCUAACUGUAAUCAGUUCAGAAACAAGAGUUUGCGGGCACAUCACUUACUGUUACAAUUCCUUGAUGGCAAUGAUUCGUUAACUACACAAAAUAUAAAAACAAUCAAUAGAGUGGAUAAUAAAUUAACAUCUAAUAUUACCAAGAAAACAUUUGAACCCGACCAUUGCGACUUUCAUUUCAUUCAUGACGAGGAAAAAAAUGAAGAAAUUCUAGGAAUAGAAAAUGUAGAGGUAACCAUAGACAAGACUGAAGUCAAAAUCGAAAAUGAAGCGAAAGAGGAAAGUUCGAACGGUUUCGACAGCGACGUAGACUUUAAUAACGACGGCAUAGACAUUGUAGUCGAGCGUCUGACAGACACAGAUAAUCACAAAAAUGUGGAAGUCAUUAAAAUAGACAGAGACAACAUAGAGGAUUUUAUCAACAAUGACGUAUUUACGGAUGUUGAAUUCCCGAACGAUGAUAAUGCUGGUGAUUAUGAUGAUAAUGAUGAUAUAGAUUUUAAUGAUGAUGAUGACGUUAUACUAUCUAGUAUUAUUAAAAAAACAAAGAAUGGAAAAGUUGUUAAAAAAAAUAAAGUCAGUAAAGAAGUUGAUGCAAAAAAUGUUACAAUUAAGAAAGAUGGAAAGAAGCGUGUAAAGUCUGAGAUAAGAGGACGUCCGGGAAGAAAACCAGGUUUCAAAGAAGAACUAAAGCUGUUCAAAGUUACGGAAUUAACUCACGAGGAGCAACUGGCGGAAAUACAGAAAAGGAAGGACACAUCCAACUUCAAAAAUUCGCCUUACAAGUGUACUAUUUGUUACAAGGGUUUCUGUGAUAUCAACGCCUACAACAGACACAUGGACAAACAUACUAACAAAUUCGGACAAUUUGCAUGUCCGAUAUGCGGCCUGCAUACGAAAAAUACGUACAGAGUAAAUAAACAUCUUGGCAACACGCACGCUGCCCGAUACAGCUGUACCGUGUGUCCAUUUGUUACGAGAAGUAGAAAUUCUGCAAAAGCCCACGAACGAUGGCACGACGGCAAGAAGUACAAAUGUCCUCACUGCGAAGAGGAAUUCAUUAAAAGCACGUCGUACAUGUCGCACGUGCGUAUAAAGCACCCUUCGGACUUCGUGUGCACGCUAUGCGGUUUCUCAUUCAUCGGCGAGAGGGGACUUCGUAUGCAUAUGAACAUGAAGCAUCGCUUCGACAACGUACAGAACCAAGAUGGCCCUUCCUGCGAGGAGUGCAACAUCCGCUUCGCUUCAGAGACGGCGUAUCAUCAGCAUAUGAAGGUGUCGCCCAAACACGCCACCGCCGACACGUUUAAACUGAACUACCCUGUAAGGAAGAUCUGCCGUCGCAACCAGCCCAGACCUACAAAGCCUGGAAAACGGGAGGCCGUUUCCGCUCCCAAGACAAUAGGCCCGAUGGAUUGUGAGCAGUGCGGUAUCAAACUCAAAGGUUCCAGGAGUUACGCGAUGCACUUCAAGAAAUACCAUCCGGACAAAAACCGUACUAAAUUCCCCAAAGCGAGGAUUAUGUGCGAGCAGUGCGGAAAGAUAUUCACGUGCAUGGCACACCUUCGUUAUCACAUGCCGAUCCACGCGGAGCAGAAGCAGUUCAAAUGCGACAUCUGCGACAAGAGGUUCGCGUUCAAGGCCAACCUGAUGAACCACGUGGUGAUACACGACGAGUCCCGGCCCAGAUUCGAGUGUACUGUGUGCGGGAAGAACUUCUCCAAUCAGCAGAAUAGGUGGAGACAUAUGUUUCUACACAAAGGCAUCAAAUUCAAGUGCGAGAUAUGUGACAAGAGCUUCAACACUGACCCCCAGAGGGCCCUGCACGUGGCCCACGUGCACAUGAAGGUGCCCUGGCCGAAGCGACACCGCGGCCCCCGGCCCAAGACGCACCGCGCGAGACACGCUAUGUACACCAGCGACUCUCAAGACUCGUGAGAAUAGUGCGAUAUAGGCUCAGUGAGACAAGUGUUAUAUUUACUCAGUGCGAUAAGUGCAUCUAGAAUUAGUGAACUAUUGUGACAUAGGUUCAACACUAACCCGCAGAGGGCUGGGUGACAAGUACAAUAUACAUUCAGUGAACAAAUGAUACAGCUUCAACACUGACCCGCAGAGGGCUCUGCGUGUGGCCCACGUGCAUAUGAAGGUGCCCUGGCCGAAGCCACACUGCGGUCCCCGGCCUAAACAGCACCGUAAGAGACACGCUAUGUACAUCAGCGACUCUCAAGACUUGUGAGAAUAGUGCAAUAUAGGCUCAGUCAGGAAGUUUUAUAUGGACUUGGUGAUACAAGUGCAUCAAAAAUCAGUGAACUAUUGUGACAUAGGUUCAACACUAACCCGCAGAGGGCUUGGAGACAAGUACAAUAUAAAUUCAGUGAACAAAUGAUACAGCUUCAACACUAACCCGCAGAGGGCUCUGUGUGUGGCCCACGUGCAUAUGAAGGUGCCCUGGCCGAAGCCACACUGCGGUCCCCGGCCUAAACAGCACCGUAAGAGACACGCUAUGUACAUCAGCGACUCUCAAGACUUGUGAGAAUAGUGCAAUAUAGGCUCAGUCAGGAAGUUUUAUAUGGACUUGGUGAUACAAGUGCAUCAAAAAUCAGUGAACUAUUGUGACAUAGGUUCAACACUAACCCGCAGAGGGCUUGGAGACAAGUACAAUAUAAAUUCAGUGAACAAAUGAUACAGCUUCAACACUGACCCGCAGAGGGCUCUGCGUGUGGCCCACGUGCAUAUGAAGGUGCCCUGGCCGAAGCCACACUGCGGUCCCCGGCCUAAACAGCACCGUAAGAGACACGCUAUGUACAUCAGCGACUCUCAAGACUUGUGAGAAUAGUGCAAUAUAGGCUCAGUCAGGAAGUUUUAUAUGGACUUGGUGAUACAAGUGCAUCAAAAAUCAGUGAACUAUUGUGACAUAGGUUCAACACUAACCCGCAGAGGGCUUGGAGACAAGUACAAUAUAAAUUCAGUGAACAAAUGAUACAGCUUCAACACUAACCCGCAGAGGGCUCUGUGUGUGGCCCACGUGCAUAUGAAGGUGCCCUGGCCGAAGCGACGCCGCGGCCCCUGGCCUAAAACGCACCGUAAGAGACACGCUAUGUACAUCAGCGACUCUCAAGACUCGUGAGAAUAGUGCAAUAUAGGCUCAGUCAGGAAGUUUUAUAUGGACUUGGUGAAACAAGUGCAUCAAAAAUCAGUGAACUAUUGUGACAUAGGUUCAACACUAACCCGCAGAGCGCUGUGAGACAAGUACAAUAUAGAUUCAGUGAACAAAUGAUACAGCUUCAACACUGACCGGCAGAGGGCUCUGCAAAAGGCUCACGUGCAUAUGAAGGUGCACUAGCCAAAGCGACACCACAGCCCCAGGAGACAUAUUAUGUUCACCAGCAACUCACAAGACUUGUGAGGCUCAGUGAGACAAGUAGCAGAGGGCUUUGCGAUUCUGUGUUUGACAGUGCAUCUGUCAGUGCAGUGGGUCUGAAGCAUCGCCAUAACUUCAAAUCCAAGAUGUACUGCGCUAAACACAGAACUAGCAGGACUCAUAAGAUUAGAUUGAGUUUAAGAAGUACGAUAUAGAUUUAGUGAGACAAGAUUAAUGAUGUCUCAUUGAGAUAACUGCAAUACAAACUUCUCUUCUUCUUCUCUCUCUGGGCUUGUCUCCGUACUUGGUCGGCCAGAACCUAUACACUUAAUUGAGAUACAAAGAUGUGAGGCCUCAGUGAGAAAAGUAUGAUAUUGAGCUACGAGACUAAUGCAAUCAGAGGCAAGUGGAUAUAGACUUGUAAAACAAGUGCAAUUUAGAGUUGUGAGACCUAUUUUAAGUGCAAUAUAAGGCUAUUUAAGUAAUAAAAAUAUCAUUUUCUUCAACAGUGAAGGAAAUGAUUGUGAGAAAACCUGUGUUCCUAAGAGUUCUAACAUACUGUUCUGCUGAGUCCACAAACCUUCGAGCGCCACAAAUCUGCACUAGGCCAGCGUAGUGGACUACGGCCUCACCCUCUUUGUGGGAGGACACCCAUGCUCCGUGGGCUGAUGUUGAUGCUGAUGUGAUGAUGGUGAUAAGACUAUAGAUAUCCAGUGAGGCACAAAUUAGUAUAACAAGUCUAAUGGAGAUGAAAAAUCUGCAAUACAUUUUUUUUUUAGUACUAAUUGACAGACUGUCAGGUCGACCA